AUGCCUAAGUACGCUAAAUUUCUCAAAGAUCUUUUGAAGCGCAAGGAGAGGAUUGGGGAGUUUUCGAAUAUUCCAUUGACAGGAGGUUGUUCCGCGGUAGUCUUGAAUAAGCUGCCAGAGAAAUUAACCGAUCCUGGUACUUUCACGAUUCCAUGUUUCUUUGGGGGAGCCGUUACCCCCGCUCACGCUCUAGCCGAUUUAGGGGCCAUCAUCAACCUGAUGCCGUUUUCGUUGUACGAGAAGCUUGGUUUAGGAGAGUUGACGCCCACGCGUAUGUCGCUGUCCUUGGCUGACCGAUCAGUCAAGUAUCCUCGUGGAGUAGUGGAGAAUUUGUUGGUUAAGGUGGAUAAGUUCGUCUUUCCGGUGGAUUUCGUUGUGCUUGAUAUGGAGGCUGAUGAGAGAGUUCCUAUUAUUCUGGGCCGUCCAUUCCUGAGGACCGCAAAGGCGAUCAUCGACGUCUUUGACGGUAAGAUUUCUCUUCGAGCUGGUGAUGAGAUUGUCACAUUCGAGAUUGAUAGAGCGAUGCAGCAUCCUGGAGGUCGAGAUGAUGAUAGCGGGCCAUGUCAUUCUGUUUACUUCCUGAAUUCUUUCAUAUCUUGUGUCGACACGUGUUUCGAGUACAUCAGUGGAGCUGAUUUAGUAGGCGAGGGAGUUGUUGACGAGCAUGAGGAAGAGAAAGUUCAGGAAGUCAAGGAGGAGCAGUUAGAUGAGGAUGAUGAGUUAUGGGUUCUUGAGACGUUGGAGCUCAACGAGAUUAGUGAUGAGAGUACUCCUGUAGAGAUUUGA